UCUGCUAAGACAAGUUUUCAUAUGCUCUUAUUGUUGCUUCACAAUGAGACUGUUUACGCUGGUCAUUUUCGCCACAUGUGUUGUGCUGGGUUCGGCGCUUCCUCCACCAUGCAUGACGAAAAAACCACCAUCAGAGAACCCCAUGAAAUGCACACAUGUCCCACAGUCGCCGUUUUGUCUUGUUAGACCGUGUACUUUUACGGCAAUAGAAGGAUUGACAUUAAUAAACCAAAAAUUAAAGAGUGUAAAAUUAGCGAAAACAAUCAGAGUAACAGUCGAUGAAUGCAAAAAACCGGGUCAGAAAUGCUCUGGUUAUCGUUGCCCAUGUAGGUGCUACAAUAAGGGAAAAUGGAUCUGGAAAGUCGGUAUGGUAACAGUGAAAAUUAAUGGAAACUGGGUAUCUGUGCCGAAAGCAGUCAAACUCAGGGUGCCAGGGGGUUGCACGUGCACUGAACCUGAUGACUAGAAUCGAUGGCAGAUGAAGAAGUUGAAAUAAAGAAAAUUGAAAUUUUUAUUCGGUAUUAAAUUAAUUCUAUUUUGAGCGCCAUCAAUACUGGAGCAAUAUAAACAAAUACAAGCAAAUGUGUGCAUUUCAAAGUUGCGUUUUCUUUUCAUAUUGAAGCAUUUCUAUGAAAUCCUUCAUCAACAAUCAGGAUUUUCUGUUUAUAUUUUGACAAUA